GAUCCAACCGCAGCCCCAAGAUGACGAAUUUCGCAGUUCUCGUCAGCCUCUGCAUUGCCGGCGUUCUGGCCAGUAAGGACGGAGGCAAGAAAUACGGAGGAUAUGGCGGCGGACUCGGGGGUUACGGAGGUGGAGGAUACGGAGGUUUUGGCGGUUCCGGUUUCGGCGGUGGAUUCGGCUCUUAUGGCGGUGGAUACGGUGGCAAGAAAUACGGAGGAUAUGGCGGUGGACUAGGAGGUUACGGUGGUGGAGCCUACGGAGGUUUUGGCGGUUCCGGUUUCGGCGGUGGAUUCGGCUCUUAUGGCGGUGGGUACGGAGGCAAGAAAUACGGAGGAUAUGGCGGUGGACUCGGAGGUUACGGUGGUGGAGGAUACGGAGGUUUUGGCGGUUCCGGUUUCGGCGGUGGAUUCGGCUCUUAUGGCGGUGGAUACGGAGGCAAGAAAUAUGGAGGAUAUGGCGGUGGACUCGGAGGUUACGGGGGUGGAGGAUACGGAGGUUUUGGCGGUUCCGGUUUCGGCGGUGGAUUCGGCUCUUAUGGCGGUGGAUACGGAGGCAAAAAAUACUGAGGAUAUGGCGGUGGAUUCGGAGGUUAAGGAGGAAAGAAAACGACGGACUGAUCAGAUAUGCCCCACAGUGCUUUUUCACUGAGUUUAUGACCCUUAUUACGUGUUAUUGUUGCGUUAGCAUGUAUUUAAUUCAAUCUUUGCAUUUAA